AUGGCGACGUGCGGGGGUCCGGUGUGCUGCUGCUGCUGCUGCUGCUGCGGGGACCGGGAGAGCCGCACCCCAGAGGAGCUGACUAUUUUGGGGGAGACGCGUGAAGAAGAUGAGGAGAUCUUACCCCGUAAAGAUUAUGAAAGUUUGGACUAUGACCGAUGCAUCAAUGACCCCUACCUGGAAGUGCUGGAAUCUAUUACCCGCAAGAGGUCCCGGCGGUAUGAGGUGUUGCGAUGGAUCAUGGUGUUUGCCAUUGGCGUCUGCACAGGACUGGUUGGACUAUUCGUGGAUUACUUUGUUCGCCUAUUUUCUCAGUUUAAGUUCCGAGUGGUACAAGACUCUGUGGAGGACUGUACAGACCGAGGAUGCCUUGCCCUCUCCCUCCUGGAACUACUUGGGUUCAACUUGACUUUUGCCUUCUUUGCAACAUUAUUCGUCCUCAUACAGCCUGUGGCAGCCGGUUCUGGAAUUCCGGAGAUCAAAUGUUAUCUGAAUGGUGUGAAGGUCCCUGGUGUGGUCCGUCUCAGGACACUCGUCUGUAAAGUUCUGGGGGUCUUAUUCAGUGUGUCUGGAGGACUUUUUGUGGGAAAGGAAGGACCAAUGAUUCACAGUGGGGCGGUUGUGGGAGCAGGGCUGCCUCAGUUCCAAAGUAUUUCCUUCCAGAAGAUCCGCUUUGACUUCCCUUAUUUCCGCAGUGACAGGGACAAGAGGGACUUUGUGUCCGCUGGAGCUGCUGCAGGGGUGGCUGCUGCUUUUGGUGCUCCUAUUGGGGGGACACUCUUCAGUUUGGAAGAAGGAUCCAGCUUUUGGAAUCAGGGACUUACAUGGAAAGUGCUCUUCUGCUCCAUGUCUGCCACAUUUACAUUGAAUUUUUUCCGAUCUGGGAUUCUGUUUUCAAGCUGGGGGUCCUUCCAAGUGCCUGGUCUGCUCAAUUUUGGGGAAUUCAAGUGCUCUGACUCGGACAAGAAGUGUCACCUGUGGACGGUGUUGGACUUGGCCUUCUUCAUUAUCAUGGGGGUGGUUGGGGGGUUGCUUGGAGCCACAUUUAACUGCUUGAAUAAGAGACUAGCAAAAUACCGGAUGAAGAACGUGCACCCCAAGCCAAAGCUUAUCAGAGUUUGUGAGACUCUCUUAGUCUCUUUAGUCACUACCGUCAUUGUCUUUGCCUCAUCCAUGGUUCUGGGAGAGUGUCGGUCACUCACCCCCCCUAAUGACUGGAAUAAUAGCACCGGCGCCAUGCAGGUCUCCUCUUCUGAUGAAGUCAAUUCCAGCAUCAAAACGUUCUUCUGUCCUAACAACACCUACAAUGACAUGGCCACGCUGUUCUUCAAUCCCCAGGAGUCGGCCAUCUUGCAGCUCUUCCACCAGGAUGGCACUUUCAGUCCAGUUACUCUGUCUUUCUUCUGCUGUGUGUACUUCCUCCUCUCCUGCUGGACGUAUGGGAUGUCUGUUCCCAGUGGUCUGUUUGUCCCCUCCUUGCUCUGCGGGGCUUCCUUUGGUCGCUUGGUUGCUAACCUCCUGAAAAGUUACUUGGGACUGACUCAUAUCUACUCUGGAACAUUUGCCCUGAUUGGAGCUGCGGCUUUCCUGGGCGGGGUGGUACGCAUGACCAUCAGCCUCACAGUCAUCCUCAUUGAAUCCACCAAUGAGAUCUCCUAUGGAUUACCUAUAAUGAUCACACUUAUGGUCGCCAAGUGGACGGGUGAUUUCUUCAACAAAGGCAUCUACGAUAUCCAUGUGGCGCUGAGAGGUGUUCCUCUGCUGGAGUGGGAGACAGAGGAGGAGAUGGACAAGUUGAGAGCCUGCGACAUCAUGGAGCCCAAUCUGACUUAUGUGUACCCCCAUACUCGUAUCCAGUCCUUGGUCAGCAUUCUGCGCACCACCGCCCAUCACGCCUUUCCCGUGGUGACUGAGAACCGAGGGAAUGAAAAAGAAUUUAUGAAAGGAAACCAGCUGAUCAGCAACAACAUCAAGUUUAAGAAGUCCAGUAUCCUGACCCGGGCAGGCGAGCAGCGGAAGAGGAGUCAGUCUAUGAAGUCUUACCCAUCCAGCGAAUUGCGGAACAUGUGUGAUGAGCAGCUGGCUGCAGAAGAACCGGUUGAGAAAGAAGACAUGCUUCAGCAAAUGCUAGAGCGGAAGUACACCCCUUAUCCUAACCUGAACCCUGACCAGUCACCUAGUGAGGAGUGGACCAUGGAGGAACGCUUCCGGCCGCUGACGUUCCACGGCCUCAUCCUGCGCUCCCAGUUGGUCACAUUAUUAGUGAGGGGCGUCUGUUACUUUGAGACGCAGUCUAGUGCCAGCCAGUCGCGCCUUUCCCAUGCCGAGAUGUCGGAGGAUUAUCCCCGUUUCCCUGACAUCCAUGAUGUCAACCUGACGCUCCUCAAUCCACGAAUGAUUGUGGACGUCACUCCAUACAUGAACCCAUCCCCGUUCACAGUGUCACCAAACACCCAUGUCUCACAGGUAUUUAACCUGUUCAGAACCAUGGGGCUUCGGCAUCUGCCUGUGGUGAAUGCAGUGGGAGAGAUAGUUGGAAUAAUAACGCGGCAUAAUUUAACCCAUGAAUCUCUACAAGCUCGGCUGAGGCAGCACUGCAUGACAUCCUGAUACUGCCGCUCUCCCUGAACUAGGAACUCAUCCAGGAAUUGGAACCUUUACAGUUGCCCUGAUGCGGGUGGUUGAGCUUUCCAAAGACUCCUAGCGUGGGUUCUGCCAUAAUGAAGAUGGUUUCUUGUAAUCCCUCCAGCGCCGGCCCGCUCCAGCUCUCUCUUUCUGCACCUUCUUACCCCCUUAUAUAAGCUGAGAUCAUCUUUCUGUUAAGUACUGCUUUAUAUUCUGGGAGGAGGUUACAGUUUGCAUGAGAACAAACUUUUUUUCCAUUUUUAAAAGGACCCUCCAACCUACGUACGUCUCAAUGCUGCUCCUGGUACGGUUGGUGCCAUAUGGAGGUGUGUUGAUCUAGAGAAAUGGCUGAGAACCAUCCAGUCCCCACGUGCAGAUGACUGGUUAUGAGGUCCAUGUAUCUGUAGUCACGCCAGUCUCUUCGGCCAAUGUUCACCUGUCAUAGGGAUUAUAUUUUCCUGGCUUGUAUCUCUUGGCUGUUAUUUUACUUUGUAUCACAUAAUUUGGCCAGUAACUUCCCGUAUGGACAGUGACAGUGAAAGUGUUGCUGUCUGACCAAAUGUAUGGGCAAAUGAACAACGCAUAGAAUUCUCAUUUAAAGGUGAAGUCCGGUCUGCAUGAUGUUCUGGUAUGUCAUAGAAGAGACCGUUGUUUGCUCUCUA